AUGCCAGAAUCUUCUUCCACCUCCACCCAGCUUGACAGUCGCCCUCCCAUUCCCACCGCAUGUCUUCUCUCCGACGAGGAGCUCAUCGCUUCCUUUACUCCACAGGAACAGCGGUUCUAUCAAUGGCAUCUAGAGACUGAGGAGCAGAGAGACUAUCUCCUGGCUCUUAUUUCAGACCCCGGCGCCUACGAUCGCUUCCAUGAGGAGGCAUGGCCGAACCGGGAAGAAUAUCUUGCAUACAUGCAGUGGUCUCGGAAGUGGCUUGGCCGCCACAUGGAGAGAAUGUUCUACCGUAUGCCCGACGAAGUGUUCUUUGAGCAACUCCGAAGCACCAACUUGACCAAGGAAGGUGACCUUGGUGAACUUUGUUGGACCCUGAACAUGUGCAACGUCCCGCUGGUUGUCUUGGGCGAAGCAACCUUUGAUGGCAUCUUCACCUGCUACGCUAUCCGGCCAUCCUCCAACUUUCUCUACGCGAGCCCGCCCUUGGGGGAGUUGACGAAAACCCGAGGCGAUUUGAUGCAUGAAAAUGCUCUUGCCAUCAAUCUUAAUGUUAGCACCGACACCAGAGGGUUCCCGGCCGUUGCGGUUCGAGACGUCGAGAAAGAAUGGGUGAUGAAAGGAGGCAUCGAGGUUCCAGACUCAGUCGACAUCCACCCCGAUGAACCCGAUGGCAAGACCAACUUUGUUUUUGCGCAACUGGGAGAGCUGUGCACUUAUGUCGGUGACUGGGAGACUGAACGCACCAAGAGCCUCGACGACAUCGUUGGUGGAACAUGGCAACUUACUGGCUUUGGGGUUGUUGCCGAGAUCUCCUCCAAGGGUCUUCCAAAGGCGCUUUGGGCCAUCUACAAUACUCAUCUUCCCACAGAGCGCCUGAGUGACGAAGAACAUCGGGUCCAUGACCUCAGGGGGGGAUUGGGUGGCUGGAUCUUCAAGAAGCACGCCGCUAGAUCCGAGCGCGACACCAGCAACAGAUUCUUUGCCGCCAGAAUUACCAAUAACCUGAUGGGCUUUGGGCCUGCAAAGAAGUUGGAGUUCGAAAUCUUCUCUCGGUCAGAGGUGCAGAUCGUCCCCGCCAUGGUCUAUCAAGUUUCUGCGCAGCAGCCCGUUGUUGUCCCGCUGCAAGUGGUGGACCUGGAUUCCGAGAAGUAG